AUACCAAUUUUUUUAGAUUAAACAUGGAUGCUAAUAACAAAGAAGAAAGGCCCCCAAAUCCAAGAUCCAAAGCUAAUAUCUUUGAAAUUAUCACUUUCAGUUGGAUCUUAAAGCUUGUUAAGAAAGGAUUGAAAAAAGAACUGGAUGUGAUUGAUUUGUAUACAAUUCUGGACGAAGAUUCGUCUGCCUUACUGGGAUCCAAAUUAAAAAAAAUAUGGAGUAACGAGCUAAAAAAUGCAACGAAAAAAAAUAAAAAGCCUAGUUUUUUGAAGGCACUGUUUCGAAUGUUUGGGCUUAAAUUAAUUAUUUAUGGAGUUUAUUUAGCAAUAACUGACAUGGUAUUUAGGUAAUUAGGGUUGUAGAAGUAUAUAAUAUUAUUAAUUAUAAUGUAAUGGCCAAUAGGUAACUAAUACGUUGUAUGGAGAGAUAUAAAACAAUAUAGUAAUACUACCUACCUAUAAUAUUUACUACCUAUUGAUUGAUAUUCAAUAUUAAGUUACAUACGAUUGUAUAAAUAAGUAACUAAUACCUGGGUAGUGGGUACCUAUUUUUGUAUUCAGUUUUAUAAUCUUAAUAUUAUUCAUAUUGGCAUUAAUCAGUAUUUACUAAUUUAAUAGACAUGAUAUAAUUUCAAAAUGUUUUGACUCCUUUUGAGCUAUUUGUGUACAAUAUUAUACCUGGAUAGUUACACCUUUUGAACUAUGCAUAGGUACUUAAGUCUUAAAUACUAAUAUAAAUUAAUAUAAAAUACAUUUAUACCCUAUUAUAUUAGAUAUUUCAAAAAUGUAUAAGUCAAAUAGUUUUAAGAUUAUAGAAAUUUUGUUAGUUCAAGAUAGCUGGUACCUAAUUAAAAAUAGGGGUUAUAUUUUCUAAACAGAA